AUGGCGGCGCACACCUGUGUCCCGCGCCUGCGCACUCUUCUCGCCACGCCCCCCUCGACUAGGCCACGCCUCCCUCGGUUCAUCCCCGCCCUCCCAGCUGGGCCCGUCGCCGGCGCGACGCGCUGGGGUGCGAGUUCAUCUGCCAUCCUGCAGCUGCUGGACAACAGCUCCCGCACAGGUAAAGAGAACAAACCCGGGUUGAGAAGGGAAGACGGCCGGGCUCUGCCGGUGCGGGCUGUCGAUGCGAUACCAGCCCUGGCUGCAACAUCUGCACGAGGUGCCCAGCUCCGCGCCCGGGCUCGGCUGGUGCUCGGUGCCCCCAUCGUCCUCGAAGCCUUCAUCCCCGAGGCAGGGGCAGGCCCCUGGGCGGAAGCGAAAGCGGGGAGCGAGAAGCGCUGGGAACUGCGCAGAGCCGUGCCCAUGGGGCUGCCCGGAGCCAUGCGGGGUCUGAUCCUGAUCGUGCUCCUGGUCUUGGUCGCGCUGGGGGAGGCGGACGAGGCACCAAAAGUGGAUGUGUACUCCCGUGAUCUUGUCACUAUGGGAAAAGAAAACACCCUCAACUGUUUUGUGAGCGGUUUCCACCCUCCGAAGAUUGAAAUCUCCCUCCUCAAAAAUGGGAAGCCCAUGAACAACGUGAAGUACACAGACUUGUCCUUCGAUGACAAGUGGCACUUCCAGCGCCUGGUGUAUGCACCCUUCACCCCCCAGAAGGGUGACAUCUACCUUUGCAGGGUGGCCCAUUCUACCUUCAGGGAGCCACAGGAUUUCCAGUGGGAGGCAGACUUCUAAGCUAUGCCUGGAAUAACUGAGGUCUGAAAAGUUCCGCCUUGCAAGUCCAGAUCUCUUUGGAACUUCUGUCCUUUCUGCACAUCUCACUUGUGGAUCUGAUGAAAAUUAGCCAUCAGCUUCAUUGCAGAAGAAUUUUCUUUAAUAAAGCUUAUAAUGUCAUUUACCCAGAGCACUAUAGGCGAUAGGCCUGCUUUUUGAGCACAGAGCUAUAAAAGUCUGUAUUACUGAUUAAAAAUCAGUCCAAGUUCUUCAGUGCUCUGAGUUGCACAGGAUUUUUAUCUCAAUAAAAUUGGAUGACUUCAGUAGGGUCUCUUGAAAAAGAAAGAAGAAUGAAAGUUUUAUGUGGGAUCUGCCUGAGCACAGCCUCCUGUGUGGCUCUGAAGGGAAAGCAUCAAGCCAAAGAUAAAAGGGAAAAAGUAACUCUGGGGACACUGGGUCUGGUCUUAAAGCUGUGUGAGAGGAAAGGGAGGGAUGGGCAGGAUGUGGUGCCCACUUCAAGGGGGAGAGCUCCAGCUGAUGCCUCUUGGGAGUGUGUGUGCUGUAAAGCUGAGCUGAGGGGAAGGUGAUGUGUGUGUCAGUGACUUUCAUUUCUGGUUUUCUCUUCCGUGAGUGGUUGACCCCAUGGAGAAGUCCUGUUGGGGACGGUCUUUUGUACUGUGGGGGUUUGAUGGUAGUAGUCCAAAAUGGUGCUACUUUGUAAUGUUCAUCAGACUGCUUUUGUUCUAUGGAGAAAUGAAUAGGAUUGCUGGAUGAGCGUUGGAUCAAAGAGGAUCUCAUCAGUGAACAUGUAUGUGAACAAGGAUUCCUGGCAACCCAGUGGGUGUGAUUUAGCACGUCUCUUCUUGGGUAUAUUAAGAUUUGCUUUGGCUGUGUUGUAAUGCACUUGAGAUUUAGGCUUGUUUUGCAGCUUUUGCCAUUAUAACCACAAUUCUAUUAAAGACUGGGAAAAUCCAAA